CGCUCUCUCCCCACGUCCCCAGCUCCAGCUCCAGCUCCGGCCCGACCCCCGGCCCUUCUUCUUCUUCUUCUUCUUCUUGCUGGCCCCAGCCCGCCCGGAGGCAUGAACCCCGGAGACGCCAAGGAGUACCUGGCCCGCAGAGAAAUCCCGCAGCUCUUCGAGAGUCUGUUGAAUGGAUUGAUGUGCUAUAAGCCUGACGACCCAAUCGAAUAUCUGGAAGGUUGCUUGCAGAAAGUAAAGGAACUGGGAGGAUCAGAAAAGGUGAAAUGGGAUACUUUUGUCAGUCAAGAGAAGAAGACAUUGCCUCACCUCAAUGGAGGUCAAUCCAAGAGAUCAUUUUUCAGAAAUGUGAUGCCGGACAACCUUAACUUUCCUUAUCGGCGAUAUGACCGCCUCUCUCCCAUUCAUCAGUUUUCUAUAGAAAGCGACACGGAUCUCUCCGAAACUGCCGAGCUCAUCGAGGAGUAUGAAGUGUUUGAUCCUACGAGGCCACGACCGAAAAUCAUUCUUGUCAUAGGUGGUCCCGGAAGUGGGAAGGGAACCCAGAGUUUGAAAAUAGCAGAACGCUAUGGAUUUAAAUACAUUUCAGUGGGGGAAUUGUUAAGGAAGAGAAUCCACAACACAAGCAGCAAUAGGAAAUGGAGCCUCAUUGCUAAAAUAAUUACCACCGGAGAAUUAGCCCCACAGGAAACAACAAUCACAGAAAUAAAGCAGAAACUGAUGCAGAUCCCUGAUGAAGAGGGCAUUGUUAUUGAUGGAUUUCCUCGAGAUGUUGCCCAGGCUAUCUCCUUUGAGGACCAGAUCUGCACUCCAGAUUUGGUGGUGUUCCUGGCUUGCACUAACCAGAGGCUGAAAGAAAGACUGGUGAAACGUGCCGAGCAGCAGGGUCGACCCGACGACAACCUCAAAGCCACCCAAAGACGGCUAAUGAAUUUUAAGCAGAAUGCUGUUCCGUUGGUCAAAUACUUCCAGGAAAAGGGGCUGAUCAUGACAUUUGAUGCAGACAGAGAGGAAGAUGAAGUAUUCUAUGAUAUAAACAUGGCAGUUGACAACAAACUAUUUCCUUCAAAAGAGGCUGUAGCAGGCCAAAGUGAACUCGACCCCUGUAUGACCAUGUACUCUGCAGAUACGAUCGACUCAGAGUAUUACUUUGAAGACCAGGGAGACGACUCAUCUGACGUAUUUGGAGAGGAGAGCAUGGGAGAUUUUAUGGAAGAUUUGAAGAAAUCCAAGAUCAUUUUUGUGAUCGGAGGUCCUAACUCUUGCAGAGGAGUCCAAUGUGAAAAACUGGUGCAGAAAUAUGGAUUUACUCACCUGUCUGUGGAUGAACUCCUCCAAAGCGAGAGAUCAUCAGCAUCCGGGAGAGACGGAAGUCAGAACAGAAACAUCGCGGAGCCGGUGUCCAUGGGUACUGUUCUGGAACUUCUGAAAGAAGCCAUGGCUGCCAGCUUUGGGGGCACUAAAGGAUUCCUGAUUGAUGGCUUCCCUCAGGAUGUGACACAGGGAGAAGAGUUUGAACGCAAGAUUGGAGAGCCACACCUCGUGAUCUGCAUGGACUGUUCUGUAGACACCAUCACCGGUCACUUUUUCCAGAAGAGUCAAAGCGGCCACCAUGACGAUGACCCCAGUGAGACUACUGCCGAGCAAAUAGAAACUUCCUACCAAGUGUCAGAACCUUUGCUUGCUUAUUAUGAAAAGAAAACACAAUUAUGCAAGAUAAAUACAGAAGGAACUCCAGAAGAUAUCUUUCUUCAAGUCUGUUCAGCUAUCGACUCCGUUUUCUGAAGGAAAAAAAGGGGGGCUAAAGGAAGAUGGGAGACUCUGGAUUUUAUUCAGCCUUCUAUGAAAAUAAUGUAUGUAUUAAGAAGUUAAAUCAUUCACGUGGCCAUGACUGUCCUGAUAACAGUGCUGUAUUGAAAGGAAUUUGUGCAUGUUGAAUUUGGUGUUCUAAAACUUUCUUCACCCGCACACUCACACAGAAAUACAAUCGUAUCUCGUUGAUCACUUAGUUUUCACGUCAGAGAUUUAAAGCCAGCAUGCCGAGCAGCAAUUCCAGCCCUUGUUUUCAGAUGUGUCACAGUCAGCCGUCACCUCCUUCAGCUUAUUCAAGUGAACUGUAGUCACAGAGCACAGAAUGCACUAAGGGACUUCCUCGUUGACACUGUAUCCACUGAGGCUGCAAACUCAAGUCUCACUUAAGCUUUCAUUAGUUUCUACCGGUCAUUUGCGGGCAAAUCUUUAGCCAUCCUUUAGAAUGGCCGGACCCGUUCUGCGGCCUUUGGUUUCGGGUCAGAUCCCACCCUUGAACUUCUGUACCUCCGGGAAGCAGCAGAACACAACCACAAGGCCUGACAGAAACACAAAUGCAAAUACACAGAGGAAUGGAAAGGGUGAUCCAGUUUUUGCAGAGAGAGAACAUGGUAAUUGUGGAAGACGUCCUUUUCCACUGCUUUCGUGAAUAUGCCUACCAGUGCAUUUGUCGGGAAUUGGCAUGGGGUUUCGUUCGGUCCUGCUGCCUACGAAGAGAUGAAUGGGGUUAGACUCAUACCGCAAUUUCUCUCUCUUGGAGAUAACUGUUUGCCCGUUAGAAAAGAAUACAGACUAUAAAAAUGAGGAAGCAGCAAAGUACAUUGGCCAUACUUCAAUUUAUCAUCUGAAAUUUAAAUCAUUAUGUUCUAUCACAAGGAAACACUUAGAUACCAAAAUUUAUGAAGCAAAAGAGAGGGGGAAGAGGGAAAAGAGCUUAACUGAGUUGUACUUAACGACCCCCUUUCCAAGUGCUUGCACACAAAUAUGUAAAAACACGUUUUCCUUGCAUUGGUGGCCAGAACUCUUCUUUCUUGUGUGUUUACUUGUAGUUGAAUAAAGCUUGACAUCCAACUGCAACUUCUCCCAGACCCCAAAAGUCCAGCAUUUCUUUUUGCAUGAUUUAUCUUUUUGUCCAAAGUUGAACUAAUAAGGAUCAAGUUGAACUAAGAUUUGUAUUUUUAAAUUUACCUUUCUUGUAAUGACUAUAUUCGACUAAUAAAACUCUUACUACAUGUUA